AUGACGCAACCAUCAUCCAUGGAGUCCUCUCCGCGCAUGAAGCCCCUGCACGUCAAGUUCGAGGACGCCGCAGAGAUGGACUCGGGAUACUCCUCGGCCAGCUCGUCGACGGCAUCUCUGCCCCAGGUCUCCUUCACGCCCUCGCACCUGCGCCACAUCAACGACCAGCUCGAGAAGAUGCAGGCCAUGGACAUCCUUCGCUUCUGCCGGGUCCUCUUCCCAAACCUAUACCAGACGACUGCCUUUGGGCUGACGGGACUCGUAACGCUUGACAUGCUAUCCAAAAUGGAGAAGGAGUCUUCCUUCCUGCCUUCGGUCGAGCUAAUCUUCCUCGACACCCUGUACCACUUUGAUGAGACGUACCAGCUCGUCGAGAGGGUCAAGGAGCGGUACAGCAACGUCAAGAUGCACGUGUACAAGCCGGCCGACUGCGAGACGGUGGCCGACUUCGAGACCAAGUACGGCGAGAAGCUGUACGAGACCAGCUCCGAGUUCUACGACUGGGUGGCUAAGGUCGAGCCCCAGCAGCGUGCCUACUCGGAUCUCAACGUAGGUGCCGUCCUGACCGGUCGCCGGAGGUCUCAGGGUGGACAGCGCAACAAGAUCCCCAUCAUCGAGGUUGAGAGCGAGACGGGCAUCGUCAAGAUCAACCCCCUCGUCAACUGGUCAUUCCAGGACGUGCAAAAGUACAUCAAGGAGAAUGACGUGCCGUACAACGUGCUGCUUGACAGGGGGUACAAGUCGGUCGGCGACUGGCACUCGACCAGCCCCGUGGCCGAGGGAGAGGACGAGAGGGCCGGCAGGUGGAAGGGUCAGAACAAGACCGAGUGCGGCAUCCACAACAAGAAGUCGCGGUACGCACAGUUCCUCGAGGAGGCCGACAGGAAGGCUGCCGAAGCUGCCAAGGCUGCGGCGGCAACUAGUCAAGACUCUUCGCUCGGUAGCGAAGUUGCCGAUGACGCUCGUUGGCACGCUGCGAGAAGGCCAGGUGCUCGCCGGCGCCAACAUCAUCAACAAGGCCAUGUUCCUUCUGCCGUUGCUUCAUCGGCUUGA